AUGACAGGUCUGUUUCGAAAGUGCGGUUGUUACAUUGUAGUUGGAGGGUUGACCGGCCUUGGCCGUGUUCUGGUGAAAUAUAUUGCAGAAUCAGGAGCCGGUCAUAUUGCAAUAUUUUCUAGGCGCCAGCCAAGUGAUGAACAAAAGCAGUACUUCAAAGACUUAGAAACAGGGUGUUCUUGUACAAUACAUACACUACAAGUUGAUGUUACCGAUUUAGAGUCACUGUACCUGGCUAGACAAUCAGUAUGUUUCGCAUUAAACGGUGUCCCAAUACGUGGUAUUUUUCAAGGUGCUGGUGUUCUGGUCGAUGCAAUUUAUGAAAAUCAGACAGAAGAAACGCUUGUGAAAGUUCUCAAGCCAAAACUUGAUGGAACGUGGAAUUUACACGUAUCUUUUAAGGACUUGCCUCUGGAUUACUUCGUAAUGCAUUCGUCAGUGACAUCCUUGUUGGGAAACCCUGGACAAACAAACUAUGCAGCAGCCAAUAGCUUUCUUGACAGUAUGGCACUUUACAGACGAUCACAAGGAAUGAGCGGCCAGUCGAUAAAUUGGGGCGCAUUGGCAGUAGGGAUGGCGGUAGAAGACGAAAAGGUUGCCAAUAAAUUGCAAAACCUAGGAAUAGGAAUUCUAUCCGAACAAAAAACAAAGGAAUAUUUUACGGAUGCGCUUCUGUGCAAUGAGACAAACAUCUGUUUUGCUGACCUUAAAUGGGAAGUUCUAUCACAUUCCAGUGCAGUUAAAAAUGAAAAGGUCAAGUUCAGUGGACUUCUCAAAACCGGUAUGACCGAUGCUGUAAAACUCCACAACCAAGAGGAGAAACACAGUUUGCAUCAGAUAAAAAGUCUGACUUUACGUGGAAAAAGGUCUGCAGUUCGAAAAAUCAUAUUGUCAAUCAUUAGUGAGCAGUUUGUUAGCGAUACUACAAAACUUGAAGAUGAUCAAACAUUUUUUGACCUAGGAGUUGACUCCUUGUCUGCAACAGGGUUUCUAAAUAGCUUACGAACGAUUUUCAGUGUUCAAUAUCCUGUAGUCAAAAUAAUGUCAGGCUCAACUACAAUACGGGAUGUUGUAGACUUUUGCUGCGAGCGAUUGGUGGUUUCGGAAACACAAGAAAACCACUUCACGGAAAACUAUUCAGAAGAGUCAAACGGAAAACCUGCAGUCACUCAGAUUCCCGAAUUAAUGAAUUAUCGCCAUUUUAAGUACGACCCUGGCCUCACGUACAUGACUGAUAUCGAAAUUAGAGGAAUGGCAUUGACAACUGAAAAUUUCAAGAACUGUAUUGCACAUUUAUUGUCUCGUUUCCGUGAACUACGAUGCCAUAUAAAGCAAGAAGGCGACGAUAAUUUUGUUGUAGUCGAAGAUGACACCGUUGCUGCACUCAACAGAAUUCCGUUGGAAAGCGUUCCUUUCAACCAAAUGCUUGACAAAUUCACAGAAGCUCGUGAUCAGAGAGACACUAUAACAUUUGAUUUAGACACUCAGUAUCCAAUAAAAUUUCAGAUUGGCCAAACAAGCAGCUGCACACUCGUUCGUCUAAGUGUUCACAAGGUUGUGUCUGAUAUGACGUCAAUUUCGUUGAUUUUCAAGGAAAUGAAAACAUAUUUAGACUCACUACAGCAAAACAAGUCCAUAAAUGCACACUUCAGCGAAAUUCACCCGAGGAAAGCCAUUAACGAAACAGUUCGUGUCAAAAGAAAAGCAUGUCUAAAUUACUGGAAACAAAGGAUAGAAUUUGCCACUCCAUGUUCCCUUACUAAGGAGGUGAGUGAACCGCAGGCCAAGUUUUUCAGAUCCACAUCAAAAACAAUAGGUCCGAAUAGUUACAAUGAAAUUUUAGCUUUUUUGAGUGAUUCGGAGGCCACAUUGUUUCAGCUAUUUGCUUCAGUAUACCAGUUAUUGCUAGCUGUUGAAACGGGACAACCAACUGCGACAAUACUUACAGAUAUCGAUCUACGGGCAGAAAUACCGGCAAUAGCAAAUGAGGUAGUCAGAGGGAUAAAUGUUAUACCUCUAUCAGCUCAACCCUCCAACGAUAUGACGUUUAGUGAGUUUCUUGAAGAAAACAAAAAACAAAUGAUAGCAGACAUAGAGCAUGGACAGUUGCCGUACAUAGAUAUAGUAAAUUUUCUACAGCCGGAAAAUAAGGCCAGUUUCGGUCGCCAUUAUCUCAUUAUGAAUGACAUGACAAAGUUAGACAUGCUCGCUAGUGGAACGCCUGACCACCCAUACACGGUAUCGAUUAAGAACAUUUGGCUUGCAAAGUUAAGUAAGGAAACCAUUUGUCAGGUGGUGUACAAUAAAACUAAACAAAGCAUCACCAUUCACUUCCACUACAAUGAACGUCUAUGUGGAGUAGAAAGAGGAAGACAUUUUGGGGAAAAACUUUUUCAGAUAUUGCAUCAUGGAAUAAGGAAUAGACAUCAAACAAUAGGAACUGUUUUUCACAAAACAGAUUGUUUCCAUGGCCCAAAACAAAUGAAACAGCCUGACAUUGCAAAUGAAAGUCAUUCAUCUCCGGCUGAGAAAAUCCAGCUAUCAUCACCAAGCAAAUACAGACCUCGAACACAUCUGAACGUCCAACCGAUGGAAAUAAUCAAUGGUUAUUUUCAAAAGCAAACAAAAGCUGGUUGGAGUCACCGUGUCUAUGUCACUUUGCUGGAGCAUCAAGACAACGACAAUGACGCUAAAUGGAUAACGAUUCAGUGGAGCAAAAAACCUGGAAGGCCAACGAAAUCGCUUUCAGUGUCGACGUGUGAUUCUAUCUCCAUGUUGAACCUGAACCGUCAACACUCGAUAGUUGUGCAGGCACGCGAGAGGCAACUUGUCAUAUGCACCCCGGAACACGAGGUUGCGCAACGGUGGAUGACAGUGCUUGAGAACAGUGCAAAAAGACCAACUAGACUUUAAUUGGAUGGCUCCCCAAGCAAAGGUUGAUAAACAUCUUUUGGCCGAAUAAGUCCGAAGAGAACACGUCGGUAAUUUCGUGAUAUAACAAAGAACUGUUUGUUCAUGAUUUUUUGUUUUGAAUUAUUUGACUUGAUACUUACUAACCCACUUCCAAAGGCUCGUGAAGUACAGUGUUUUUUGCUAUUUCUGAUAUAGUUCUUCAAAUCAAAUCAGGCCGAUAUAUUGUUAAAUGUGUUCACUAUGUAGUGAUGUUGACUGUGUACACACUCAGGCAUUUCGAACGGUUGUACGACGAGGUAUUGCAAGACAAAUAUUUCAGAGUUGAAAGUUUUAGACGUAACAUUUGAGAUAUUUGUCUCAAAAUAAAUAUAAUCAAUACUCAAUUCGAGUAAGUGAUCGUACGAUAAGUUCUUUGAUUACCAUAUUUUCAGAGCCAGUCAGAUAAUAGAUAAAUUUUACAAAGACUAGAAUGUCAAAGUUAUAAACGCUAGAAACCAGAUUCAAUUGAAACAUGUUUAGUCUCCUGUAUAUAUGUAUCCUUCGUCAAUAUAGUAUGGUAAAAUCGAAUACUUGAACGAGUCCUAUGCUUCUAUUUUAAGACUGUACUUUACGACUCUUAUCUGUACAAGUAAUUGACAAACGUGUCAAUGUGUUUUUGUAUAUAUAGUGUACUAAUUCUUUACUCUGAAAGCAUGCAUUUGUAAAUAGCCGACAUAUUCUAAUACAGCUGCAGCCAAUUGUUUACAACUGGUUCAUUCUGUGGUUUUGUCAAAAUUAGCCAAAAUGUUUAUUGACUGACCAUUGUUUUCCAAUAAUAACUAUAAACCAGUCAUUUAAUCAUUUAAAUUCUCCAAUUGGCCAAAAGACAACCUGCGGACGACAUAUCAAGGUUUAAUACAAUUGGUUGCGGUAGAACUUUGUCCAACACAUAAGUAUGUGAGUAUUGCAUUAUAUAAUUGACUAGUCGCCAGUUGGCAAACAAUUAGUUGACCAACAAUAUGAUUAUAUUGUAAAUAGAUAAGAGCACAUGGUUGCAUUAUCUAAUGCAUUGACUCCAAAAAUCUCCACCAAGUGAUCUGGACAGGUUGCAAUAAUUGGUAUUGCGACUGGCCAGUUGACUGGAAUUCAGUAUAUGAUACAAGUUGAUAUAGUGAUUCAACUGUGAUUACUGACAUGCAACAGCUCUCAGUGUUUUUUUUAAGGCCUGAUUUGGGGCCGAAAUUCGGCCCCAUUCCCCUCUCCAAAAAGUAUAUAUUUUUCCCCUAUUUCAGUAAAAAUUUCCCCUCCCGACGAUGUCAAAAUCGUCCUCUAAAAUAACUUUGCCGAUCGUAAUUACGGCACUUUUCAAUACGGUAAACGCAGUUUGGCGCCGCAUUUUACACGUAGUGAUCAUACGUGCUAGUCUCCCUUGAUUGAUUGGUAUCGUUCAAGCGCUCGGAAAAUUAAUUAUAUUACGAUUAUACGAAAAAACAAGCGUCCAGUCUAGGCCAACUCAUCCCGACCUCCACAGCCUGUGUCGAAAGACUCUUCAGUCUUAUGAAUUCCCUCUGUACGCAUUCUAGGAAUAAACUACGGGGCAACACACUUGACAGUCUUAUAAGAAUAUGUAUGAGAGUGCCAAAAGAACUGUCAGCAGGGGACAUUGACAACAUAAUCAACCUUUACAAUAUGAAAGAAAGAGAUAUUGCUUUGUAGAUUGCUUUCACUUUCACUUUGAUCUUGUUAUGUAUAUGCAUAUGAUCAAUUUAUUAAAGAGGAAGGCAAAGCUUUAAUGAUUUUUGCAUUUAUACAUUUUCCCCUUUUUGCCCUUUUACGACGCGAUUUUCCCCUCCUGACGGGCCCUGGCCCCAUUCCCCUAAAAGUGAACAAAAACACUGGCUCUGUAUGUCUGUUAUACACAUACAAAUGAAGAUAAUCCUUUUUUUUUUAAAACAUCACAUAAUAUUAAUACUUAGAGAUAGUCCGUGUAAUAUAUUCGUAAAAUCGCAAACUAUGUGAAUAAAACGAAUUGGUGAGCUGUGUUUUUACAAGACGAAUAUGCUUGAUAUGGUUUUAUGUUAUUAAAUGUGCUUACAUGUCUUGUUUUUCUAUAUUCAUAUUAUUUAAGAAUAUUGUUUAGAAUAUUUUACUAGAAGUUACCACUUCGAUAUGGAUCUUAUUAAUAUGAUAAUUGUUAUUGUAAAUACAUUUGUUGUUCAGAUUGUAUACACAUUUAUUGUUACUAUGUUCAAAUGACACUUUCUUAUUGUAGUCAUGUUAAAGCUGCGCUCUCACAGAUUGAACGUUUUGACAACUUUUUUACUUUUUUUCUUGGAACGAGCCAAUUUUUGCGAAAAUCCGUGGAAACCAGUUAUAUAAGAAUGAUGACAAAAAAUUAUAUCGCAGAUUUUUAUAUUUAAGUUUAAAAAAUAAUGUUUUAUGCAUUUUUCCUAAACUGUUAGUAAAUGUUUAAACCAUAAAACAUUAAUUUUCGAACGGAAAUAUAAAAAUCUAUGAUUUUUUGUCAGCAAUCUAAGAUCACUGUUUUGCAGAUAUUUACGCAAAAAUUUGCUCUUUCUAAGACAAAAAAUAAAAAAGUUAUAAAAAUGGUAUAUCUGUGAGAGUGCAGCGUUAAAAUGUGUGCUAUACUGGUGACUAUUACUUUCUUAUGUUUUGGUGUUGAUAAUGGUUGCACAACUUGAAUGUAAUGACAUCAUGCUAUUAAAACACUAAAAUAUAGAAGAUGGUUUUACAACCAUUUAUUGUUAAAACUUAAAUGCCAUGCGUUUUACU